GUCAUAUGGUCAAUUGCCUCCAGUGCUGCCUUCCUCCUCGAACAGUUCAGAUCCGAAGGCUGCGUUCUCCUUCUCCCUCCCCCGUGCAAAGAUGCACCGCCGGGGCGUGGGGGCCGGCGCCAUCGCCAAAAAAAAGUUGGCAGAGGCCAAAUAUAAGGAACGUGGGACAGUUUUGGCUGAAGACCAGUUAGCCCAGAUGUCUAAGCAGCUGGAGACGUUUAAAAGCAACCUAGAAGAGUUUGCUAGUAAACACAAACAAGAAAUCCGUAAAAAUCCUGAGUUCAGAGUCCAGUUCCAAAAUAUGUGUGCAACAAUUGGUGUUGAUCCACUAGCCUCUGGUAAAGGAUUCUGGUCAGAAAUGUUGGGUGUCGGAGAUUUUUACUAUGAGUUAGGUGUCCAGAUUAUUGAAGUCUGCUUGGCUCUCAAGCACAGAAAUGGAGGAUUAAUAAUAUUGGAUGAACUCCACCAACAGGUGCUCAAAGGAAGAGGAAAAUUUGCUCAAGAUGUUAGCCAAGAUGACCUUAUCCGAGCAAUUAAGAAGCUGAAAGUUUUAGGAAAUGGCUUCGGGAUUCUUCCUGUUGGUGGGACAUACCUGAUCCAGUCUGUGCCAGCUGAACUAAACAUGGAUCACACUGUUGUGAUACAGCUUGCUGAGAAAAAGGGGUAUGUGACUAUAAGUGAAAUCAAGUCCAGUUUAAAAUGGGAAAUGGAACGAGCCAAGCAAGUGCUGGAUCAUUUGCUGAAGGAAGGGAUGGCCUGGCUUGAUACACAAGCUCCAGGAGAGCCACAGUACUGGCUACCUGCCCUCUUUACAGAACUGUACUCUCAGGAAAUCACACCAGAAGAAGCAAAGGAAGCUUUACCUUGACAAUAUCAAAGAUGAGUAAUAACUGAACAUUUGCUGAUUGUUAAUUUGGUAACAUUGAACGGUAGUUAUUAUUUUGGAUCUUAAAAUAUUUAUAAGGAAAUAUCUGCUUUGCUAAUACCUAAUUUCGGCAUGUAUUUGAUACUAAAUGUGGAUUUCUGCCAAAUGAAGAUUUUUAUUUCAUUAGCAAGUUUCUAGUUCUUGUAAUGAGGAUGAGAUGGCAGGAGGAAAUCUGUCCAAAAUUGUAGCCUUUUCUUUCAGUUCUUCUAAAUGUUUAGAAUGAGGAUUGAUGUCAGAUGCUAAAACUGUUUGAUUUCUUUUCAUUUGCUUAUCCCAAGUUUGUUGAGUAGUAUAUUGGCUGAACUGUAUACAUACUGAAUCCCUUCACUUCUGUACGUUUCUGUAUGAUGAAACAGCUGGACUUCUUUAUUGCUACUUGGAUUUUGGGUAAAGGACCAAACUAUUAUUAUUAUUUCCAACUUAUGUAUCAUUGGAGGUUUGCACAAUUUCAUUGUUUUAAAAAAAAGCAAGAAUAUCUUGAAAGACAGUUUAGAAAGUCAUGGGUAAAACUUAGUUCAAUUUCAGCCAUUCAGGCAGUCAGGGUUUCUCUGAUCUGAGAUACUGUGUGAAAACAUACCUUCACAACCGUAACCAUGUUGUGCCUUAGCAUGUUGAAAUCUGUAAACAGUAUAUUCUUCCAUAUUUGUGCAGUGCACAUAAAAAUUUGAAAUUCAUAAAGCUAUGUAUUAAACUUCAUGUUGUGGGUAUAAAAUUUUAUUGACCGUUUGAAAAAUCAUUGACUGCAUUGAAGUCUUACUGAUUUCCAUAAAUCAAUAAGCUUAUGUUCUGAAUAUAAUUCAUGGAUAUAAAAAACAGAUAGGAUAAAACUUAUUUGAGUUACUUAGGCUGGUAGAAGAAUUUUCUGUAGCUAUAUUCACAGAUCAUGCUGUGUGCAAGAAGAAACUGCUUCCUGUAACAUCCUAAGAAUCAUCUUACGACUUCAUACAAAAUACAAGGAAGAAUUUAUUGGGGAUAAUUUAUGUGCAGAGUUGGACUGCUAUAGAUUGAUGCCCUAUCCAGUGGUGUUGAGGUUACGUGUAGAUCAAGAGACAGCUGUUUAUCUAGAAGAUGCAAGCAAUUGGCUAAUGACUUCCCACAAAAAAGUACCAGACAAAGUCAUACUGUAGUACAGGAACUCAAUCUAAGGUAUGUUUUACUUCAGGGAUUUUCAGAAUUUUUCAACCUAAUUAGUCAAUUUUUUUUCAGAAUUCCCUAUUAAGAGAUGAAACAGUACUGAUAAAACAUUGGCAAUAAAAUGAAGAGUAAACUGUUUAUUUUAAAUGCAAAAUUAACACUUCCAAUGUACAAAAAAUAAAACCUGAAUUUCAUAUGA